GAAGACCUAGCAAAUGCGGAUACUCUAGUACUGCCAGGUUCGAAUCAGGACCUGGAACCUACUACUGCGUGUGCAGAAGUCCCCGAUACAACGCCAAGCGGCGCUCCAGGGCCCCAGGCUUCUAUCGAGGGCCAGCCACCUGCUGCAGAGCAAUCGCAGCCCAAGCUUGUGUUGACCGAGCAGGCGUGGACGCAAGCGUUUCAGAACUAUGCCAAGGCAAAGGGAGUGGACAUUUCGAAUGUAACCCGUGACAUGAUCAAGUCCAGUGCUGAAGGGGCUGUGCACUGGAGCACGAUGCAGCAGGACAUGAGCGCACGUGGGCCAUCUGCCCAAGCUAUGGGGAGAGCUUUCAAGCACCGCCCCGAUGUCCGUGAGACAUACGGCAUCUUGCUAGAUAGCUUGAAAGCUGAUUUCCGUCGCUCAUGGACUGCCUCCCGGUCCUUUGAUUUCGCGGAUAUCAGCAAGCAGACGGUGCACUCCUUCACCAAGCGCAAAGAGGCGGCCAACUACAUUCGUAUGUGCCGCAAACCAGAGCUGAAGGUGAGUGAGUCAACCUGGAAGUCUGUUGUCACAGUCCAGACUCGGCAAACAAUUCCCGGCAGUUGGGCAGCUAAGCUUGAGUUUUCCAAAGCUGCGCGGGCCUACUCAGCCGAGACUGGCACUAGCAUAGGUAAUGUUGAUGAGGCCCUGCUAGCAGGAACUGAGCUUGGAAUCCAGGGGUGGGCAGAGAAAUUCUCGACCCUCGAUUUUCAUCCCAGGGCCAAGUCUGGUGGGGAUGGAUCAAAUCAGCACACCAAUGCCGGCAAGCGUCCCCGAGCGAAAGCUGCGCCAGCUCCAGCGCAGACAUCAGGCGCCGAUGUGAAUCCUCCUGCUCAGGAGGGAGCUGGGGGCAUUUUCGGGGAGGAAGGGCAGCCUACAAGGAGGGCCAAGAACACCAAGCGUGAGAACCUGGUUACAAAGAAGGAGAAAGAAAUGAAGGAACUGUUGGCGCAGGAGCAAGCGUCAGACAUUGAAAUGACACGAAUCGCAGCAAGCAUCUCUAGGGAUCCAACUUGGUGGGGCUGGGCAGCAGAAGUGGUGGCAGAAUACAAACGCCACAGAGCAACAGUGCUCAAGAUGUAUUCUGACAAUCCAUUUUUUAUGGCCUGCAAAGUUGCAGCCCUGUCCCCGAAGGAGUCAUCCAAGCUGCGGAAAGAAAACAAAGAUAAUUACCUUCCGCAACUUUGUGAUUUCUGCACAUCCCUGGGACCGCCCAUUUCCCGCGUGACCGAAGCUUCAUUUCAAUUGAAAGAGAUGGCAGCUGCAAAGCUUGGUGCGACACAAGCGAUGCAGAACAAAGACCCUGCUGCCACUAAAGGUAAGACCAAGGCAAAAGCUAAAGCCCAGAGCAAGCGGUGCCACCUGGGGAAAGAGCUUCCAGAGCCACAUGUGGAGUGGAUCCAAGAGGUCACUAUUCCGGAUGAGUACACCCGCGACAGGAUUGCUGCUUUGCUACGGUACACCACGAAGGGACGGGGCCGAGUCUUGAAAGAAGCGUUCCCGUUGCUGAACUUGAACAAGAAGACGAUGAAGACUGGCGCAAACGUGGUCUGGAAUCUCACUUUGAGCAUGCUCUCCGAAAAGUAUUUGAAGGCCAAGGCUGCGGAAACACAUGGACUGCUAGGCUUUGUCAUGGCAAUGCUUCGGAAGCAUAAGAAUGCUCUCGCCGAACAAUGCGCAACCAAAAGCCCGCACUACUUUGAGCUUCUAUCCCGUGCUGGCGAGGAGGCUGUCAAGUUUGACGCUGUUCUAGCCCGUCAUUCCCGAAUGAUUGAUGCAGAAACCUGUGGUUCCCUUUUCAACCACUACAACACAUUCAUUUGUAUGUGCAAACGCGCCGAUUUGCCGAUCUUGCCCAAGGGUCACAUGAUGUACCAUUGUGUGCAACGGGCCUUGCAACAUGGGAAUCCUCGAAUGUAUUCCACGUACAUUGAUGAAUCUUACAACGGGCACAUUGCCAGGGUGUGCCGAAGUGCCCAUCGACAAGGGUGGGCUAUGGGUGUUUUCCGUAAGCUGGAGAUGCAUGAGGCCCUGACGCGGCAGUAUUAG